AUGAGCAACUCGUGGGCCUUCUCCCAGGUACGUUCCUUAACGUCGGCUGGCGGAUGUUUGUGGCGCCGGUCUGUGUGCAGCUGGAACUGACCCGUCCCCGCCCGCCCGCUCGAUUUCACGCUCGCAGUUGAACCAGGUGCGUCGUCGUCAGGCGCUCACCGCGGUCAUCCUUGAAGGUGCCUCCGUACUGAUCCACAGCACCCCUGUGAUCGCAACAGCUCACUCCGUCCCCAGGAGUCAGUCCCCAGAAUGGACCGGACGCCGUCGCCCAACGCGAUGACUUGUCAUGUACGUGCACUGCUCCUACCCGAAACUCAACGGCCCGGUUGGGCGUAGGCCCGCGGCUUGCGGCCGUCAGGCAAGCGAGCGAAGGUCUGGCGCUCGCGCUCGCUUGGUUUUGCCUGUGCGCUGGCUGUGGGCCGGCGGCCGGCCCCGGCGCCGCGAUUGGCUUUGGUGGGCCGAGCGAGCGGACGAGGCGGCCUUCGACGAUCAGCGCGCCGCGCCACAUGCCUCCCAGGGCAUAGCAUGCUGACCUGUGUGUUUGUUCUACCUCCCCGCAGUGUCGUUCCCUUGCGAUGGUACGGUGCUGCAGGCCCAAUUAGAGGCCUGGACCUCGGUCGCAUUCGACUUUGACUCGGCGGCCGAUGACUCGUCGCCCGCCAACUCGAGCUCGCUCUUCACCGACGCUGCCAAGGCCUUGGACGAGGACCACGCCGUGCGGGACCGGUACCGCGUCAACCUCGCCUCAGCCCCCGGAACGUAUGCUUUCGACUCGGGCGUCGUCGAGCCGCCCAGCGAUCGUGACCUCGAUGCGUUGCUGUCGACCGGUUUGGGACCGAGGGUCGCCGCGCUGGACCCGUACGCCUCGCUCGUGGACCCAACUUUGCACCUCCCGACGUGCAGCAACGCGAUCGCUUCGACCUCUUCGGCCAGUGCGAUCGUCAAUGCGUUCGCCGGGUUGCCCAACUCGCUCUUCCCUUCGCCCUCCGCGCCCGACGGCAGCAGCAGCAGCAGCAGCAGCAAGGCUGCAGCACCCGUCGUGACGUCGACGAGCUCGAACGCCAUGCCAAAAAAGGCCGCGGCCGCCCCUCGAGCGCUCAAGAAGGCCGCCGCCGCGACGGUCGAAACCCCCGUUGCGCAGGAAGUCGACCUCGUUGACGGUGACGACGAGGCGAACCGCGUCGCCAUCGAGGAGGACAAGCGACGAAGGAAUACGGCCGCUUCCGGUGAGUAGUAACAGGAGUCGACGUCAAACGCUAUGGCCCGAUUCCUGAUCGGGUGUGCCCCUAUCCCCUGUUGCAGCCCGAUUCCGCAUCAAAAAGAAGCAGCGCGAGCAAGCGCUCGAAUCGACGGCCAAGGAGUUGCGCGACCGCGUCGCCGCGCUCGAGGCCGAGGUUGCGGGCCUGCGCACGGAGAACGGGUGGCUGCGAGGCCUCAUCACGGACAAGCCCAAGAACCCGGUUGAGGACGCUGAUUUAAAACUGUUGCUGUCGGGUUCGAAGAAGCGCGGGCGAGAGGAGGACCAGGAGCACGUUGAUGGGGCGAACAAGUCGGUCGUCGCGAUCGAGGCCUGA